UCCAGCCUCCUCUUUUAUUCUCUUCGGAAUUCAACUGAAAUGGCGACUGCAACAAUGAGCUUCAAUUUGGUGGGUGCGUUUAGUGGACUUUCUCUAUCAACCAGCUCGACGUCGUCGUUUUCGAAAGGCGAACUCGGCUCUAUUCCCAAAACUGCGACCGCUUCCUUCCCGAGGAAGUCUCCGUUCCGUCUGACGAUCGAAUCGGCGCACAAGAAAGGAGCCGGGAGUACUAAGAACGGUCGCGAUUCCAGAGGUCAACGACUCGGCGUCAAAAUCUUUGGCGACCAGGUGGCGAAGCCCGGCGCUAUUAUCGUCAGGCAACGAGGAACCAAGUUUCAUCCAGGGAAAAAUGUGGGUCUUGGCAAGGAUCAUACCAUCUUUUCCUUGAUUGAUGGGCUUGUGAAAUUUGAGAAGUUUGGACCUGACAAGAAGAAGGUGAGUGUUUAUCCGCGAGUAGUUCAGCCUGAGAAUCCCAACAGCUACAGAGCGAGGAAGAGAGAGUACUUCAGGAUGCGCCGCGAACGCAGCAAGGCUAGGAAGGAAGGAAGUCUUGCUCAGCCAGAACUCGUGCUUGCUUCUGCUGCUGAUGCCUCAGAUAGCAACCCUGUUUGCUGAUUGAAACUGCCAACCUACACCUAUUCUUUUACUUUUGUAUUGGGUCUAUAUUUUGGUCCCUCUGAAAGUGUACAAACUUGCUGUAACCAUUUUGCAAAAUUUGUUGUCUAGUUUCAUUUUAUAAUCUUGUGAAAGUAGGAAGAUAACCUUUUGUGUAUGUUUGGCAUUUGAUUUUUAAGUUUACUAACUUUCCUGAUGUGAUAUUGUUAGAGCAACUUAGCCUAUGGAGUUUACAACUUUCAUAA